AAACAAUCCGGUCUUUCUGGGUAAUACUUCGUCAGUUGAAAUCCCCUGUGCCAUUCGACUAUAGUAAGCAAAGUUGAUAAGUUACAUGAAUUACUAACUGUUUUCCGUUAAACUAUGCGGGCUGCGCUUUGGAUACUUGUGGGAAUUUACCUUUGCAAUGCAGCGUCUGGUCAAGGAGAUUCGCUCCGCAGCGCAUUGAAUGCAAUUAAUAGACGAGAGAAGGACUUAGAUCGUGACUAUGACGAAGGCGAAUUCGGUUACCCUAUAGAACAUCCCGAGGAUGUUGUGUUUCUCAACCCUGACGGAUUUGUUAGAGAGGAAGACUAUGAAAAACCACUCUCUAGUUCUCUCGACAACAGAUACGAUGGCGGUCUAAACAAAAGAAUUUCUUCGGCCUUCCGUGAGAGACUAGAAGAAGACAAUCAGAAGCAACAACUGGAAGAAAUGGCACGGUCCAUCCUUUCUCAAUUAGAAAAUACAGGCAGGUACAAUGUGGAAAACGAAGAUUAUGAAGAACUAUUAAGAGAAUAUUUUGAUAAAUACAGAAGACCCUAUGAAAUAAAUAAAAUAAAUUCGAAUCAAAUAGAUAAAAGAUUUAUGUACCCCAAGUUUGGAUUAGAUAGUGUUGGGUUAAAGAAAAGAACAAAUGAACUGUAUGAAGACGGUUAUCCUCAAAAAGACGACUUUUAUGAUGGACAAGACCUGGGUGACUAUGGUUUCUUCAACAAAAAACGCUUUUACCAAAGUAAUAAACUUAAAAGAAUCCGGCAAAUGUACAGCAAUCCUUAUUCACCAGCCAAAAGGUUUCCGGUAACAAAAAGAAGCAGUGAUUAUAAAGACUUCGACUACAAACCGUCUAUUCCCAAAAAACAAACCGAUCCCAAGGUAGAAAAGGAACUUAGUCAUAUUUUUGGGACUCCAAAAGUAGAAGAAAAACCUGCAACCACAAAGAAACCGGUUUCCACGAAACCAACUACUCCUAAAAAGGAGAGUGCUGUAACAAAACCUCCUAAAGAGGAGAAACCUAAUAAAAAGGUCGCUUUAGUAAAUAAGGAAGAGUUCACUCCAGUUUCCCUGCCAACGGAAAAACCUUUACAGAUAAAAAAGAAGUCGGUAGAUUGGUCCGAGUAUUUCGGUCUUGAUAGGCGCAAGAAAUCUUCUGAACCAGAUGAUUUGGAUAAGGAGUGGUUGAUUGAACGAUAUCACAAGUCGAUAAAAAUGUCCAAUAAAAAGAGAAAUGCUGAACUGCCUCUCUCAUCCUUUCGUAACCACGACGAACAUAGAAAAAAAGCGACCUCAACUGACGAAAAAUCCCUAUCAGAAGAACAGAAAAUAAACGACAUGGAUAGUAAACUACAAGUUAUGGAAGAUAAGAUUGUGGAUGAUGCUUUGAAGUAUACAGGAUCUCGUGAAGGCGAAUCCGAUCCUAAAGAAGUCCAAGAAAUUAAGGACAAAGUGAUAUCUAAACUUGCCGCUGCCUACAGUUUGGAAAAAAUGAGAACUGCGUUAGGAGAAUACAGAGUAGCCGUAGCUAAAGAGAGAGAAAGACUGAGGAAUAGACGCCCUACGACUGAAGAUGAUGACAUGUUUUUAGAAGAAAAGAGAUCUGUACCGAGGAAGCAAGUCUCUGAUAAAGAAAUUGAGAAAAUGACCAAAGGAGAUAACGAUAUUAAAUGCGCUGAAGGAGACGACGACUGCCAUGAACAAAAUUAUAAAACCCCAGUAGACAUUAUCGAAAGCCACUACGGAACAGAAUUGUGCCCUGCGAUUGUCAGAAGUUGCAACGAUUAUGCUGUUGGAAUGUAUGGAGAACUCUUCAAGCCAGCUUGUCAUUUGUACCAGAUGUGUUUACUAUGCAGCAACUACAACCGCUCACCCCCCAUCCGCCAGUGCCAGGCACUGUUCGUAGCAAAGGUCUUCGAACUAUGCAAAGAUUUAGGCGAUAAUCAAAGCCAAAAUGCUACACAAUAUUCUCUGCGUUAUCUCAAUGAUAUCACCUACAACUUUGAUGGAGAAGAUACAGUGUUAAUAACAGAAUGCGAUAGAAGCUGUGCAAAUACAGGGGCUCUUCUCUUGUUCGUUCGUCCAGUCCAGCUACAGGGGCUUAUAUCUUUCUUUUCUUCAUCUAUUCCACAUAUUCACAACUUCUUUUGGGCAGCCUUGCUCUUCUUCUUAAUAAUACUUGCCAGACUUUUCAAAUGGAAUAUAUUCUUGUAAUGUUUCAUAUAUAUUAUAUUUAAUUUUUUAUUUAUUUAAUUAAAAAAUUAUUGAUUUUCAUUUCAGAGCAACUACAACCGCUCACCCCCGAUCCGUACAUGCCAGGCAUUGUUCGUAGCAAAGGCCUUCGAACUGUGUAAAGGUAUCGGCGAUUAUCAAUGCCAAAAUGCUACACAAUAUUCUCUACGUUAUCUCAAUGAUCUGACCUACACCUUUCACGAAGAAGAUCCAGUGUUAAUAGCUGAAUGCGAAAGAAGCUGUCCAGAAACAGGGGCUUUAUUAGGUUAAACUGACUGUCCAUUUUCAGAUUGAUCGUAUUUCGUAUCCAUAUAUUUUUAUGGCAAACUUAAGGAUUGUUAAAGGUUUUCGAUAUCCAUUUAAUAAUCUAAAACUAACAUUUUUAAAACCCUAUUUCAUUUGUGUCUUCUAUCAUCUGUAAUUCAUAUUUUACUUUAAGAUGUCGUUCAUAGUUUUUAAAAGCACCUACAUGAUUACCACAGAACGUGACUUUGACAAUAAAUACAAAAAAUGAAAGCUAGUGCAAAAUAAUAAAAAAACUUGAAUUAUUUCCAAAUAAAAUAUUCUUAUUAGUGAUUAAAAAUUAUGUUUUAUUCAACAAUUGGGGACAACAUCAGUUCAAUAUUUACUAAGUAAAAACAGGUAAACACAAAGAUUUUGUUUGAUAGCACUGAAAAGAAUAUUUUAAACAAGAAAAAGUAUGUUUAUGGUUACUAGCGUUUUGUAGUUUUCUUUAACCGGCAAAAGAAUGCCAAUUUUACAAGCCUUAAAAGUUUUUUUCAACUAUAGACUUUUCUGUUAUAUUGUAGCACAUGCAAGCAAAAUCUCUAUAAAAGAUUUUAUAGAAAAAUAUGUCAAAACGAUAAGUAGAAGAUCCUACAAAAAGAAGACUGAGCAAAGACUGAAUUUUGGCAAGAAACGGAAAAAUGUUGAUUCCGCAAUGGGGUUAGUUGAACAAGGAUUCUAAUAUACAAAUAUGUUUACUACGUCCAAAUAAAUUGCUUUAAAGAGAAUAAUAAUUAUUAAAUUACAAUAGAAGCGAAAUAUAUACAUAAGAUAUGAGAAAAACCUCAUUAUUAUACUUCUUUAUUCUUGGUAUCCGUUAGAAUUUAUAAUGUGUAAUGUCGAUCCAACGUCCCAACGUACUAGACCGUCCAUUUCGAUGUGAGUGCUUUAAGCAAUGACGUAUAAUAAAUUAUAUGUCAUUUAAUUAUACGUCAUAAAUUUAUUAUACGUCAUUGGGUAUAUCGUUCAAACCAAGCGUUAUUGGUCGUAUAAAUUGGUGAGUUGAAAUCUCUCCAGAAGGUUUUUUUAUCUAGAGUUUAAGUUUGCUUCAGCUAAAAAAGAUGACGAAAAUUCAGAAACAAUUUUAUAACAAAGAAUUAACGUUACAGUCCUCUAUUUUAUGUUUUGAUCCUGAAUAUCGUGGAAAGUGUCACAUCAGCGACUAUUGGACUGAAUUAAAGUUUUUCGUAAUUAAAUGUUAUAUCAAAAGUCGCUGCAUAAAAUGUUACUACCCAUACAAAUAAUAGUUCAAAAAUUACUAAACAAUACAUUUUCCACACAAAGUUUUUACAUACCAAAUUUUUCCUAUACCAUAACCAGAAUUCCAUAACUUUGUUCGCCCAUUUUCAUGUCUACAUGCUAAAAAAUUUUUAAUAAUUGCACAAGCAACUUUUUGUAGAGAAUUUUAUUGAUAACAAUUUAAUUUUUAUAUAUUUUUGUUAGAUAUGAUAAUUUCCAAAAUUCAGGAUAACAGGUUGACAGAUAGGUCAUUAAAUUCCAUUUUUCGCUCUAAAAAUUUUCUUAAAUUUUCCACAACUGUUUCAGCUCGAACGUACUCAAAUACUGGUUAUAAAGAAUCUUUUGGAGACAUUUUUAUAAAAAUUUAACGAACAAUUUCAUAAAACUUCCGACUGGAGAGAUAAAAAAUUCAAAGUUUAAAAUCCAAUAUAUCUGCUACUGUGGAUUGGGUUGGCCAUAAUGGAUGAACAGUAUCGUAAGAGAUGGGAACUUACGGCAUACUGUCACUCAUUUGUUGAACCGGAAUAUACUGAAAUUUUAUAAAACCGGAAUACAAAUAGUCAAUGUUUCAUACUAAGAUAAACUAAAGAAUAUAAUGAGUUUGGAGAAAAAAAAUCAGUAUUAUCUUAUUUUGUUGUGCUGGGAAUAAAAAAUCCUUAUGCAUACUAUACACAAAUAAUGUGGGCAAAUUUACAAUGUGGGCAAAGUUGGCAAUACUCCAGAUAAAUACUGUAAUGAGAGGUAUACAAUGAAAGGAUAGUAAACAAAGGAAUCCAAUACAGGGAAUAUUAAGAUAUAGGCAUUAAUUUGUCUGAAUUUUUCUUCUUUUAAAUUGUGUAAAAAUGCUCUCAAAAUGCCCUCUUGAAAAUAGCACAAGCACGUGGUUCACGUCAUCUGUCAACUUCACAAUCAUGUAAUUCCAAUUCUUUCGCUUUAUACGCCCAAAAUAAUGGUUCUAUUAGUGCGUAAAGCAAGCUACAAAAUGUUUUAGUUCCAAAACAAAAAUGGAAAUACGUAACUGAUACUUUUAGCAAAGAGGAAUAAGCAAAAAAAUAGUCUGUUGGAGAGUCUGACCUAGUCAGGUUUUUGACAUAAUAUAAAACUCUAACACAAAAACUUUAGCAAAAAAAUUCGACUAUUUUAUUUGAAGUUUGUAAUUAUUAAUAACUCAAAACUGCAUGGAAAGUAUAUGUUCUAUUCUAUAGGUUAAAUACCUAACUGGUCAGAGUCAUAGACAGAAGAAUAUUUCUCUGAGCUAAUUUGUCGUUUUUUUACCUAUUACAUCGUUUCUUAAGUUUGGUGUAAAAUAUAUGGAGUACUUAGUAUCAUCUGAAGCAGCUGGAAAGAUUGAUCUCUUCUGAAUAUCACCAUACCCUGUUAUAAGAACUUGUUGUAUCUAUACAACACUGAACGCAACGUUCAGUGAUAUUAUUAUCAUUGUAACCUGUAUGUACCUAUAUAGUUAAAUGUAGCUUCACCAGAAGUAACUAUUUAAAAAUCGUUGUCACUUGAAAUAUAUAAUCUGACUCUAUAAAUUAUUCUUAUUUACAAAACUGUUUAAAUAUUUAUUGAUGUCGAAGAAUAUUUUGACUUUUCAGAGUUUUUAGAUUUAUUUUUGUAACAAGUUUUUGUUGUUAAAGUAGCAUUUCCGAUCUAGAUUUUAAAGUUUAACGGAUUUGUCAAGAACGAAGUUGCAGAUGCUACUUUAAAAAUAAUCUAUUUUUUAGUAUUUUCCAUAGUUACAUUAAGUUUAUCUAAAUAUUUUGUAAUGUUAAACUUUUAUUAAAUGUGGAGAAAUGCAU